AUGUCCUUAGUUGAUAGCGAGGCCUCAUUCAAGGCGCGUUGCCUUGAGGUCUGCGGAAGCUCAGAACUUUACGAUCUGCUGGUCGAUGCAGGGGUCAAGACACAUUCGAUCCUCGCUUUCAGCUGCGGAACUCCGAGGGCCCAGCCGACAGACGUAGAGUUCGCCUCCUUCGCAAACACUGUCGUGAAGGGGCAUGCAAGCAUCGGCCAAGUCAGCGCCCUUAAGAGGCUUCAUUUCGAAUCCUCAACGCUAGUGGUUGCUGCACUUCGAACCAUGGUUGAAGGUGAUGCUGGUGACGCUUCCAAACGUUUACCAGUGGCAGAGAAAGCGGCUCGACUUGCAGAGGCGAAGCGGCGCCUUCCAGGACUUGUAAUAGAGGACGAACUCGAGCCCAGUCAUGCCCUCUUGGAUGUGAUCGCACACAUGGGUGAAGCAAACUCAGUCGUCUGGGUUCCGCCGUCGAAGUGUACCAAGAGGGAUGCCGAGCUGAAACUGGGGUUGAGGGAUAACCAAAAAUUCCUCACAGUCCAGGAACACGGUGUGACACUUGCUCCGGCCCCAGACAAGCUUGUCGCUGAUCAUGCAACCCCUCUAGAAGUACAAUGGUGCCUUCAACGCAGAGGGAUUGCAUUCUUCAUGUGCGGUUUCAUGAGCUAUGAAACUCAUGAUCGGUGGGUUUCGACUCUCCUGCGAGCACUGUCAUCGGAUGUCCCACCAGGGUACGCUCCUAUCUCGAUCCAGCAGAUGUUGCGUGCUGACUCUGAGAUGUUUCUGUUGCUCGCAAAAGAAGUGAACCGAGUGAAGCCUACUAGCACUGGAGUCAUGGAGAUGGAUGAAAAGAUGAAGCUGUUCAGGCACGAUCCCAGGAUCACAUCGUAUCUGCAACCGUUGCAGAAAGCAACCGCCAGUGUCGCACCGCCUCCUCAGCCGCCCCUUGAAUCAGCUGCAGGUGCAUCGGCAGGCGCUUCUAAGCGGCAGAAGAGGCGUGACGAGAGGCUGAAAGCCCCUGUAAGGGUCGACAACCUCCCUGAGGAGUUGAAGUCGUGUCCCCACCAUACGGAUGCAGCCGGCCGUCGUUAUUGCUGGUCUUUCAACUUGGCCAAGGGCUGUAAUGCAGAGUGCAAAGGGAACCCUCCGACCUGUAAUCGAGGGGUUCAUGGUUGCAUGACCUGCAGGCGCCUGGGUCACGGUACUUCCAGUUGCUGGUUCGCACAGGGGGGCACAAAAGGCAAAGGUCGAGAAAAUGCAAGUGCCGAAUUCGAAGCUGAUUUCCGAAAUCGUCAGUCCUGCCCUCCUGGCGGACCCAGUAUCACCGAUUCUCUCCUUUCCAAAUCCGAUGCCAGUCACGACGUGAAUACUCCUUCUCGUGGCACAGUUGAUUCAAAGAUGAACUUUACAUUCUUGCAUAAUGUCUUGAACGAGGCUUGUGCCUGCGGCGAUUCCGCGGGAGAACAGCUCGCUUACGAAUGCUUGACAAAGGGUUCCUGUAACGAAGACCAUCUGCUGAAGCUAUCCCGCCUACUUCCAACUGAAGUGCAGGCGCGGUCCGACCAUAGCACCGUGGAGGAACGAUCCUUCACAACUGGGGCAUAUUGCUAUGGGCCCAUGUCUGGCCUGCGGACCACUGUCAGGUCUUUUCCAGCGGCCUCUUGCCUGCUGGCAAACUUGGCACAGCGUCUGUUUCCGCAGCACACUUUCAGCUCCGUGGGACUGUUUCUCAAUGUCAAAACCCGCCGUCAUAAAGACUCCAGAAACAUGCCAGGAUCUUUGAACGGCGUUGCCCCCCUUUGCAUGUUCAAAGGAGGUGGCAUCAGGGUACACUCGAACGGCAAGUCCUCUGACCUGCCAGUGUCGGAUGGGCCAGUUCUCUUCGAUGCCUUCGAAGAGCAUGAAACCCUUGACUGGAUGGACGGUCCUAGACUUGUGCUGGUUGCUUUCACGGUGUCUCGCUUGCCCAACUUGAGUGAGCCCGAUAUUGAACUUUUGAGACAGUUAGGUUUCAAGUUGCCCAAGCUUCAGCCCGCUAACUAUGCCAAAGCUCUGCCUCACAUGUCCCACACUACAUCGGCCGACCACGCUACACCAUCCGGCAUUGUGCUUGAUGUGUUCGCGGGCGAUGCAGGCUUCAGCAAAGCUGCUCAGAAAGACGACGAACGACAGAUUCUGCUGGACUUGAUCUCCGAGCAUGCAAGCAGCUUGAUCGUAGUCCAGUUCACGAUACCUCUGCUGGGAGCCUUCUUUUCUGCCGAACGCGGUUCUCCCGAGUUCGCCGACUUGCCAUUGGACUACGUUCGACCAAUGCAUGCAUGGUGGUUCGCAGGACCAUCGUCAUUUCUCACAGCCGCCCACAGCUUCGACGUGGCCCUCGCUGCUGCCCGACCUCUAGUGAGCGAGUUUCGCUCAUAUGAUGCUUGGGCGGUGCCUUUGCAUGCCGAAGUCGGCAAUCUCCUCAGAUUGCACUGCUCCUGGACGUGGGCCACGAAUCAUGUUCCUACCACGUCGCAGUCAGGGAAUGAGAUCAUGAUGGACGUGUGCGGUACUUGCGUGCCUUAUAACUUGAGAAGGGAUGACUGCAUCGAGGUCAUUUGGCUAGGGAUACCUCGCGAGCCUGACGACUUCCUGGCCAAGGCCGUUCUAGCAGGCCACCCUAAAGCUUUGCUGGACUCCGAGCCUGAUCCGCACAUGCUUUUGAUCAUCGAUAACCUUCUGGAUGGGCAAGUUGCGAAUCCGCUCAAAGGCAAAGGCGAACUUCGUCGGUGGUCCGACCUCAAAAGUCAACUUCAUCAGCAGCAGGAGACAGAGAGAGAGAAAUGGGACCCUCACGUCAGGGAAGUCCUGGGAGAUAAGGCGACCGUUCUUCUUGACACACUGCUGCAGGAGUUGGAUUUCCCAGACCGCCGUCUGGUCAAGCACAUGACCCAGGGUUUUAGAUUGUCGGGUUGGGUUUGUAGGACCGGGCUUUUCCCCCUCGACCCUAAGCCUCCAUCCUCGACCAUCGCCGCACAGCUGAAGACUGCAAAGGGCCGCAAUGAAGCCACCAUUGCGAAGCUUGACAAACAGCCUAGCGACGAGGUCUCCGAGAAGGCUUGGUUGGAAACGCUGGAAGAAGCUCAGAAAGGUUGGAUUUUCGAAGAUACCGAUCCGCAGCUUGACAAAGUUCUUGUAGCGCAUCGCUUCGGCCUAAAGCAGGGUCCGAAGACCAGAGUCAUCGACAACUGCAAGUCCUGCUCUUUCAAUCUUACCACUGGUGUCCCGGAGAAAUACCGGCUGCACGGGGUCGAGUUCAUAGCUGCUUUCCUGCUGCUUGCAAUGCGUGAUCCAAGAUCGCACGGGUGCAAGAUCCGUGGACGCACGCUCGACUUGACGGCAGCCUACAAGCAAUACGCUGUCCAUCGAUCCGACCGCGACGUCCUCAGGAUAGGAGUGAAGGACCUGCAGCAGAACCGCACUAGAUUUUACGGAGUCAACGCUCUUCCAUUUGGAGCCACUGGGUCAGUACCUUCCUUCCUUCGAUGCGCUGCAGCCUUUUGGCUGCUCGGUGCCAAGGGGUUAGGUUUAGCCUGGACUAAUUAUUUCGAUGAUUACCCGAUGUUUGCGAAGGACGACUGUGCUGAAUCGGCAGACGAAGUUGCUGCCGAUUUCUUCGAUCUCAUGUCUGUCCUGUACGCCCGCGAAGGAAAGAAAGCUACUGCUUUCACCGAAAUCUUUAAGGCUCUCGGACUCUUGUUCGAUCUCAGCCGGUUCGGCGAGGGGGAGGUCACUAUCGGCCACACUCCUGAACGACGUGAGGAGUUGAAAGCCACGAUAGAAGCCAUCCUAGCCGCCGACUGCCUUUCGCAUAGCGAGGCCGAAAGUCUGAGGGGCAGAUUGCAUUGGUUCACAUCCUUUUUGUUUGGGCGCCGCUCGUCUCAGGCCCUUAACGUGGUUUCCGAUUGGGUGAAUCGAGGAGCCACUCACGGCAGACUCUCUGACGACAUGAAGGAAGCGCUCACUUACUUGAAAGAUGUGGCCCUUACAGCCCCGCCUUUAAAGAUUUCUCGUAGUCUCCACAAGACGUUUUACAUUUUCACUGACGGCAGCCUUGAGAACCACACCGCUUGCAUCGGAGGCAUUUUGCACGAUGAUCAAGGCGUACCGCUUGGCUUCUUUUCGAUCGUGCUUGACCGUGCUGCGAUUGAAAGGUUGCACGAACAGUCAGAACAUCCAAUCUAUGAAAUCGAGCUGCUUGGAGUGUGGGCGGCCCUGUCAAUCUGGCAGGAGUGCAUCCAUGAUAGACUGUCUUUCUCUGUUGUGCUUUAUGGGCUUCGCCCUUUCCGCUCGGGUGUUCCCCGCCUCGCGAACGUUCGACAUGGAUAA